AACCUAACCUCGUGUAAAACAAAAUCAAUGCACUACGAGGUGUGUCGAUGCAGUCUGAACAUUUACUUAUAAAAUAAAUCAACGGACGAUUUUGUUGAAAAGAACAUUGAUCGGUUCAUAGUGAUUUUCGUAAAUUGCCUGAAGGUACCCGUUAAGGUGAAAAACAACGUUUGGUUGUAAAAACUGAACAAUUUUAAAAGAGAAAUUUUCGGUGUCGACUAAAUGGAAACAAUCCAAAGAUGAUUCUCGAAAGUGUUACCAAUCAACAGAAAAUAGCUGAUGAUUGUGAAUGUGCGCGAAACGUCGUGCAACAAAAUUUCUACAUAAAGCAUCGGAUUAAAGUUUGCAAUCCGGAUUAGACGGGAUGCCGUGAUCGCAUAAGGUGGUUCAGUCCUUGAAAUCGGAGAAGCGAUGCAAAAUUGUUACGACGACGACGAUCGCAACGUCGUCUAUAAGGAUGUGGUCAUUAUAGGAAAUGGACCCAGCGGAAUAUGUCUUUCUUACAUGCUCGCCGGGAACUGGCCGUACUAUACCGGCGAGCCACAUCCUGGGGACGAGAUGCUCACCGCGAGACUGCACUUCAGCACCAGACCAGAGGAGUGCAGCCCCGCGUCCAUGGACGACGAAACCAGAAACGGGACGAGCAAUAGGUGGCAGCAGAGCAAGUCUGAUCGAUGCGAAUCGAGGAGCCAAGGGAGAGGGUUGGCUCGCAGCACGCGCUGCAAACUCGAACACCUCUCUUCCGGGAUAGAGGGUAGAGUGGGUGGUCGACCUUUGGCUCUUCUGAUGGACCAACUUCAACAUCCUUGCGUGGAUGCUGGUCUCGACGUGCCGUCUCUGCUCACGUGGAAAUCCGUCGAUCAGCAUCCCGAACACAAAGUCAUCGAUCACGUCGUCCUUGGGAAAGGUCAACCUGGUGGUGCCUGGCAGACGAUGGAUCCAAACGUGUUGACCAUCAGCUUGAAUCGAUGGAUGUCGUUACCAGACUUGGAGAUACGGCAAUGGGAGAAGAUGGUGGAGUCCGAAUUACUUCGGACAACUAAUUCAACGGAGGGUGGACCAUGCGCGUUCCAAGAAAGGCUGAACGCGAGUAAAACGACUAGCAGAAUUUCCGUAGGCACUGUAGCCGCCUACUAUAAAGACUACGUUCGCAGAAAAGGAUUGGAGCAAUUCUUUCGAUGCGGAACUACGGUUACUUCGGUGAGGCCAGCCCGCGUUUCGAAUGCCGACGAGACAGACAAUCGUUACGGAUGGCUGGUGGAGGGGUUCGAGAACAAAACUGGAAAAGUGUUCCGAUAUCGAUGCAAACGUGCCGUUCUUGCCACGGGCACCACCGAUUUGUCCAAUCAGUUAGGGAUACUCGGGGAAGAUUCACAUCCCGAGUGGGUGACGCAUGAUCUGAAUGACCUGGAGUCGAGAUUAGAUCGUCUGGUCGAUCAAUAUCACGAUGAAGAAUUGGCAGACCGCGUCGAGCCUGUUCUUAUAAUCGGCGCUGGACUUAGCGCAGCUGACGCGAUAAUCGCUGCUCGUUUCCGAGGUAUACCCGUGUUGCACGCGUUCCGGGAUCCGUCGAGCGAAUGGAGUAAAUCGAAAGACGAGAGGAUAUAUCACACCAAGUUCGACAGGUUGCAGGGACUCCCCAGUUCCAUGUAUCCCGAAUACCAUAAGGUUUACGAGAUGAUGGCCGACGGGGGUACCAAUUACCCUCUCUACAGAGCGUUGCAAGGAUACUCGCUGAUCGGUUUCGACGGAAAUGGAGGCGAUAGCAUGGAUGUAGACGAGUCCCAGAGCCGAGUGGUCACACUUCUAGCUCCCGAUGGACAGCUUAGGGUGUUUCGCGUAUCUGUCGUGGCUAUACUCAUCGGGUACAAGCCUGACCUGUCCUAUCUGGAAGGUAACGGUAUCGGCCUCGGAAGAUUGCCUGAUAAGCCCAUAGACCGUAAAUUGAAUCCAAUCGACGUUGACAAUUUCACCUACGAGGUGGUUAAAGCGCCGAGACCUGGUCUGUACGCCCUGGGUCCUCUGGUCGGGGACAACUUUGUACGAUACAUACUUGGGGGAGCGUUUGGGAUCUUAGCUCACAUUUUAAAUACCUCCAGCUCAUGAGCUAAACCUUCACGAUCCUCCCAACGGUGUAAAUGUGUGUAAAUUUUUCGAUCUCGGUUGUUGUGCAUUCAGACACUGCUAAUAGUGAACGUGCGACACAGCGUUAUCAGAUUUGACACAAUUUUCGUCAACAGCUACACGCGUAGUCAGUAUUACGAGCGUCAGAAGCAGCCCAUCAAGGGUGUUGAUACUAGUGUUUACUCGAUUAUGACGUUUUACCGAUGCCAGUUUCAACGCGUAUGCGCGAAAAUUGUGUCUAAUUUGGGAGUACCGGUACAACGACGCACUGACGGAUUUGCGUGUAUCAAGAAUGGGCAAAGAAAGUAUGCAGAUAAAACUGUCGAUUGUAUUCGUUGAAUGAAAAUUAGAGUUCGAAUUAUAAUAUUGUAAAUUUCACAAUGAAAAGGUAUAUAUAUCUGUUGAAUCACGUUUUUAUAUUUUCUACGCAGAAUCGGUACGCGUUCCUCUACACGAACCAAGAACAGCAUUUGUUGCAGUAACGAGUUCUAUUUUGAAUUAAUGGGAACGCGUUUAAAUUCUUAUCGAUACUUUUUUUUUGUACAAUUUCUUAUCUCUUAUAUUUUAUCCGUCGAUGCUUUAUACGUAAAUUGUAACAUAAAGCUUACACAAGUUUUAUUGUUACAACUUAUAAUUUAACGAAUACUUAAUUAUUAUAAGAAAUUAGCGUUAUAACAAAUAAAUGAAAGUGCAUAUUGCA